AUGGUCGGUCCGACUGCAUCUCUCUCAAACUUGAGCCGUGCCGACGGCUCUGCCUCCUUCAAAUGCCCGACUACUGGCUACAAUGUCCUGGGCUCCGUCAAUGCACCCAUUGAGCUUCCAGCUCGCCGUGACGCCCUGAAGCCCGAAGAGGCCACCGUCGAGGUGUUUGUCAAGCCUGGAAAUACCACUGCUGGAGUUGGUGAGCGAUAUGUGGAGGGCAUUCUGCGGACGAUGCUGCAAAAGGUCAUCCUCGGGCGCGAGCGUGGAUUUGCCAGGCGCGGUGUAGUCAUUACGCUUGCUAUCAUUGGCGGUGAUGCAGUCCAGCGCGGCGAUUCGUACCUUACUAUCCUCCCGGCCCUCCUUCAAACUUCCCUGCUCGCCUUGCUCUCCGCUGCCGUCCCCAUGUCCAUGACCUUUUCCACUGCAUUGCUUGCUGUCACCAAGUCGGGUGACAUUAUCAGCGACCCAUCUCCCGUCGAUUCAAAGACCGCCUCGUCCCUGCACGUGCUUGCGUUCUCCUCCAAGGGCCACCUGCUGCUCAACGAAAGCCAGGGUCCAUUUGAUUUCGAUACAUGGGAGUCAGUCCGCGAGCGCGCAUACACUACCUGCCGGGGAACUGCUGUGGCCGGAUCUGACGGAGAUAUCGCAAUGGGCGAGGAAGGCGAGGAAGGUCAUGCUGAUGGGUUCAUCCGCGAGACCGUGGAGGACCAUCUGCACCGCGAUUACACCUGGAAGAUUGACUCUGCUUGA